AAAGUAGCCAACAUUAAGAGUAAAGUUCGUGAGUCUGUAGAAUCUCAUCUUGUUGGUGAUUCUAGUUUUAGAGUAGAUUUUUUAGAUUCUAAAUCAUAUUUAAUAGAACAAGGGUACCAGGUAGAGGACUAUCGUGUUCCUCAACAAAAUGCUAGAGGCAUAGUUUUUGCACAUCCUGCUUAG